UUAUUUUUUUUAAGAAGGAACGGUAAGAGCUGUAGUAGAGUUAGAGAGAUGGUAGAGAAUAAGAGAGAGAGAGAGUUGGCUAUUCUUUGAAUUCAAUCAAUAAAGAUAUGAAAGAACAGGUUAGAGUUGUGAUGGUAUGAUUGAAUAGGAUUAUGAUAGGCUCUUGAUGAUGAUGAAUUUGUUAAUGGAGGAUAGAAAUAUAUAUAGUGUUCAUGGUGAUUAUCAUUAUAUGGAGAUGAUGCAAACUAGCAAAACCAACCAAGGUAAUGUAAAAGGCUCUCAUUGUGACUUUGAUUUGAUGUCAGAUGCAAUAGGUGUUGAGGCUGCUGCUCUAAUUUUGGCCAUCUCUUUGGCAGAAGAGAUGAAUCUCACCAAAGUUGUCCUACUUAGUGACUAUCUACAGCUUGUGCAGUUCAGCAAUGGAGACGAUAUCAAGUUGGCUUGGAGAAGCAGUGAUCUUUUCGAGCAUUGUCGGAGUCUAAUUUCUAGCUAUUUGUUCUUUAAAAUUAUGUAUAUUAAGCGUGUUAAUAAUCUCUUAGCAGAUUGACUUGCUCGUCAUGCUAGGAGACUUAGACUUAAAGGUUCUUGGGUCACUAGUCCUUCUUUUUUGAACUCUUUUAUUAGGAAUGGGAAUUUAAAUGUAAUCCGUGACUCUUUGCUUUCUUAAUAUAUUGGUGUGUUUCUCAUCAAAAAAAGAGUCCAACUUGCUGUA